AUGGACAUUCAAAUGCCUGUCAUGGGGGGCUUUGAGUCGACCUCAAGAAUUAACGACCGGCUUUCGUCGCUCUUCAAAUCAAUACUGGCCCUUCGACGUCAACUUUUGUACCUAGCUUGCUCAGUCAGCCUAUUACAUGUAGCGAAUAGUUUUGAGGAUCAUGAGAAAUCAAGGGUCGCCCUAGUUCGCCGGCCUCUAAGUGAAUUACGCACGAAUUGGUCUUAUAUGAGCACCCCCUCCUUACUGGGCAUACUACUCCAGAGGUCUUACCGGUAUGGCUGUGGUUACUCUGGGCCAAUGGGGGUCCUAACCCUUCUCUGUCUACGAGGUGGUGGAAAGUCAGGUUCAGCAAUUUGCUCUCUUUCCCUUAUUCUCUGUGGAAGGUUGGAAGCGAUGAAAGCAACAAGGCUUAACAAGCAUAUUUCUUCCUGUCUCAAAGCACAUCAAGAGAAAUACUGUGGAUCUAGAAAGCAAAGGAAUAUCUCACCCAGCGAGUUAAACGCGUGGCAGCUAAGAUUUAAAGGAAACCGAGGAUAUCGUGCUUUGGAUGAUCUCCUUCCUACCCCGCGCCAGCUGUUCAACACAUCGCACCUUCCGCUAUCACGAAUACCACUGUAUUUGCCAGUUGCUGUCGCCGUGCAAGGGAUGGGACGGGGUUACUGCAGCUGCAAUGCGCGAAAGCAGAGAUACUGUUUAUGUGGACGUGCAAGGAAUGAUGGAUUCGGUUCAGAUUGCGGCGCCUUUGAUCCUGCGACACUGAAGUAUUGUCGGAUGUUAGAGGACUAUCUAACCUGUUGUGCCAGCACCAAAGAGCUGAAUAGAACAGCGGAUCCCAUUACUGACUUCGAGGCCGCUUCGAUCAACUACACAGCUAGUCGAGUUGACUACCGGAUCGCCGCCUGCCGAAGAACCUACGCAAGCAGUCAUAAGGAUACGGAUUGGCACCCGCAGGCAUGGCCUGGACCAAGAGAGUUACCGCAGAUUUUAGGUCUCUUUUGGUACAAAGGGCCUACAGCUGUGUCUGUUCAACAGAAAUGCAACAGUUACUUCUGGAUGCACUUGGGCCCAAGGCCAUUGACGGACUGUAGGCGUUUGCGGGAAAUUGCUCUUUGGGAGUCACAGCUUCGACACAGUCGAAUUUCUCUAGUGCCUUCCGCGCCAAAGACGACACUUGCUAUGGAACUGGUGGUCGAUAUUGCCACAGCUUGGGAGCGAUUGGGUCUUGGAGUUGCAACCAAAUCAGUCAUCGAAUUGCUUGAUCCCCAUAGACAAAAUUUCAAACAGGCCUGUGCCAGGUCUUUCUCACUGCAUGCUGAAAUGCAGUUCAUACGGCAUUACGAAGAGUGUCGUGGACAACAGAGAAUGUUGGAAUACUUUGGGUGCAGCAAAAAGUCUUGUCUCCUUUGUGAAACGUUCCUGGCUGCGAUGAAAAAACCAAUUGAAAGUCGGGGUAGGCAUGGCGUGUGCUAUCCUGCCUGGGGAGUUCCGUGCUCAAAUUCGGAUGCUAUAUAUCUCGCUACCAUUGGUUUAGAAAACGACCUUCUAAGACGCAUCCGAGGCUCAGUCAUAGAAAGGAACCAACCAGGUGCAACGGCGGCCUUACCAAAUGUCAUGCAAUCGGACAUUCUGUCGGACUUUUCAAACCUUACGCGGGAAGAGUGGCACCAAAGACAGAAGUAUGUGGAUACAGAUAAAGCCGAGCAGACCAAAAACUGGACAAAGCUGCAACUUAACGAGGGCAAGACCCAAGAUUUACACACGAGGACUGACCCACGCCCAAACUUUGAACCUGAAGACUGUUGCGUGAUGUGUAAUAAAACGCCAGCCCGGCGAUGUGGGUGCUGUCGCAGCAUAUAUUAUUGUUCCAAAAAUUGCCAAGAAAGCGAUUUUCCUUCCCACAAGUUGCUUUGCAAGAAGUUUGCGACCCAGCCUGGCCGUCCAUCCCCAGAGCACAGGCGAGCCAUUUUCUUCCCAGUGGACAAAGCAGAGCCUAUUCUGAUAUGGAUCCUUACUAAGCGCCGAUACGACGAAGAUUCAAGAGGGUGGUGGACAGAUGCACUAGUGCAUUCAUACCUUGGUCCUGGUUCACCGAAUACAGGAAGAUUGCAUGUGGAACACGACGAGAUACGAGAUCGAAACUUAGGGUCUGGUUUCGCUUCAUCUACCCUGCGGAAUGAAGGAUACUGUGUUACUCUGCUGCAUCGCGACGCAUAUCUAAUCGACAAUUCGCCCCCAAAUCAAAGCAUACUGGCUUCUAUCCACCCAGAAGACUAUGCCGACAUAAAACUGGCCGAUUUUCGGCAUCUGAUGGACUACCUAGUAAGGUAUGCAAACACGGAUGUCAGAGAAUCUGUUCCAGAUCUGCAGUAUCGGGCUCAUAAGGUUGUUCGGAGCGUGAAGGUUUGCUGCGACGGGGAGAUAAAGCUCCAUGGAUCGGAGCCGUUCGUUUCAAUCGACAUAAAUCGCUCAACCCGGAUUUCUCUUUCUGCUAGGCAGCGCGAUUCUAUUUCGCCGAUUUCCGCUCUUCUCGGCAUACCGCUCAUCUUUUGGAAAGACCCCAACCCUGUGUUCCACCAUGACCCUCCCGGAUGGGACGGAAUAUGGUCCGCAAGCAGCAAUCAGAAUGUGGCAUUCAUGAUGAUGGAAACCAACCCUUUAGACUCUUCAUGGGGCUGGGCUCCUCUGUAUUGGAACCAUGAUAUUGGAAAUGUAUGGGUUGCACGUCAAGACGAGCAGGAUCUGGAUGUGCGCGAAGUAGCGAUGAUGUGCCGCUUUGCGAGGCAUAAACUCCAACGAAUGUUCAAUAAUGUGAUGAUAUCAGAAGGCUUCACCCUGCUGGAUAAGAAGCGCGUUUUGAGUUUUAUUACACGCGAAAACGUGCGAGCAUUUUGGGAGGAGACCGGUGGUGAUGAGGCUGCCAGUAGCUAUGAAUCGGUUGCCUCCUAG